GGCAGCAGCGUGACCAUGAAGCGUCAACCGGAAAUACCAAAGAGGGAGAGAGACAGGGACAGAGAAGCAAAUAUGGCGGAGAAGAGCGGCACAGAGCAAACCGGGGAUGACAGCGUAGAUAAAAAUGUUCCUGUCGGAGGAUCUAUGAUGACGGUCACCGUCAAAACCCCGAACGGAAAAGAGGAAAUAACGAUUUCAGAGGACUCUUCCGUCGCUCAGUUUAAACAGGAAGUAUCUCAAAAGUUCAGUGCCAGCCUGGACCAGCUGGUGUUGAUAUUUGCUGGAAAGAUUCUGAAGGACGGUGACACUUUAAACCAGCACGGCAUCAAAGACGGGUUGACUGUUCAUCUUGUUAUCAAGACCACCCCGAAAUCAACCGGUGGCGGUACAUCUCAGGCCAGUUCCAGUGCCACAACACCUCCGAGUAACAGCAGCAGCUCCAGCACCACUGCACCAGACAGAACGGGAGGUGGGAUGAGUGCAACACCGACACCGACACAAGCUGCUAAUCCAAUGAGUGGACUCGGUGACCUGUCUGGCUUGUUAGGUCUGGGCAUGCGUUCGUCCAACUUCAUGGAGAUGCAGCAGCAGGUGCAGAGUCAGCUGAUGUCCAACCCACAGAUGCUGUCGCAGAUGAUGGGGAACCCGCUGGUCCAGAACAUGAUGUCCAACCCGGACCUGAUGAGACAGAUGUUCGCAGGCAACCCCCAGAUGCAGCAACUCAUGGAACAGAACCCGGACGUCUCUCGCAUGUUCAACAACCCUGAGCUCAUGAGACAGAUGCAGAAUCCUGAAACACUGUCCAUGCUGACAAACCCCAGAGCCAUGCAGGCCCUCAUACAGAUCCAACAGGGCCUGCAGACUUUACAGACAGAAGUCCCAGGAUUCAUGUCCAGGUCUCCCUUAGGUCUCACUGCUCCUCCAACCACAGGGGGCAGCAUUCCUCCAAGGAACCCUCCCCCUCCUGCCAUGGCAACAGGGUCCAGUCCCCUCUCGGCCGCCAGUCCGUCUCAGCAACAGCUCAUGCAGCAGAUGCUACAGAUGUUUGCCGGCGGAGGGCCAUCACUUCAGACCCCGGAGGUCCGUUUCCAGCAGCAGCUCGACCAGCUCAACGCCAUGGGUUUCAUCAACCGCGAAGCCAACCUGCAGGCGCUCAUCGCCACGGGAGGGGACGUCAACGCCGCCAUCGAGAGACUGCUGGCCUAAUCACUCACACAGUUCGUUCUGCGGUCGAGGGUGGAAGACUGGUAGAGUUUUUAAGAAGUAACACGCGAACACGGAAGUCCUUCAUCAAAAGUCUGACACCCAGAGAGACUCGGCUGGUCUGUAAAUCAUAGCAAUGGCAGCACUGCUACUGUGAAGUGACGCCGCUGAGUUACUCCUGCCAUUGCAGCCCGGACAUAACAAAUGCACAUACACGAUGUUACCAAGGAAUUAACUUUUAAUACAUUAUUUAAUUUUAACCGAUUUUAUUUAGGUGGUUACAUGAAGAGUUUUUUUUGAAUCAGUCAUUGGGAUGAUGGUCUUCUGCACUUCCUGUCCUGAAAACCAGCUUUUUACAUGUUUGUCUUUGUUUCUUCAUCCUCUUUAACUGGUAUUUAUUUAAGUUUGUAACUUUGUAUUUGCCCUCACAAUGUUUCUCAAAUCUUAUCGGUAUGGCGGUGCUGCCUAAAUGUUUUAGGAUGUGAAGAAGAAAGUGAAAGUUUUCAGGUUGCAGGACCAAGACUAUAAUGUGUAUGAGUGUGCGGGUGGAUGAGGGUUAAAUAAUGUGACGUCAUAUUACAGUGAGAGGGUCGAGACGUUAAGGUAGAUGUUAAUAUCUCCGGUUGUCUUGCCUUCACUGUUUCCACGCUGUGAUCUUGGAUUUACAGGAUUCUCCUCGAGUACAAUCGUCAAGUUUUUCAUUCCAUCUAAUUGUUUUACGAUGAAUGUCUCUGAAACACAAAAUCGCCUUAAGAAUUAUGUACACCAUGCCUGAUUUUUAAAAUUCAUAUCACCCACCUUGAGUGUGUAAUUGGUUGAUUUUCUGUCGAGUAACGGUAAACAAACUGGGACCAUUUUGGAUUUAUUUGUUCUAAACUAUAAAAUAAUCUCUGAAGUGUCUGUGUCAAUAAAAAUGUUUUUAAAGUGGUCAUAGAUUAAACAAAAUUGACAAAUCUUUUUUUUUUUUGCAUCCAGCAGUGCAGUACCUAAUUAUAACAGUCUAUUGUAUGUGUAACUCUGACGAAAUAAGUAGCCAAAAAAAUGUUUUUCUUUUACAAUCCAGUAAAUUAUUUGCAACGUGUCUUGUCUUUUUCUAAAUAUGUGUGUGUAAAAGUUACUUUGGCAAUGAGAUUUAACAGCUUUAUUAUAUUGAAUUUAAACAUU